AUGGCUCCUGGGGUCUUAAAACUGAUGCCUAUCCAACUGAUGCAUCUGAAUGGGACAUCAGGUGGCUCCCACGGCCUUCCAGAAAAGGACCUAGUGGAUGUUUUAAUCCGCCAGAAACUCCAAGUGAGAAAGAUAGACAAUCAACUUUCAUGGGAUAUACAGCAUUGGAAACCCACUGGAAGGACAGAGGCCUGCCUACGUGACCUCAAGCAGAGUCCCUGUCACGGAGAAACACUCACUCAGGACGCCCAGCCUCGGCCCUUAGCCCCCACCUCGGAGACGUGGCAGGUGAUUGCUAAAAUUCUGGGCCGACACUUCAGCGCUGCAGAUGCCACCAGGGUCCAGGAACAACUCCAGCGGGAAUACGAGAGGUCCCUGAGCCGUCUGACAAUGGAUGACAUUGAGCGGUUGGCCAGCCGUUUCCUGCACCCUGAAGUGACUGAGGCUACAGAGAAGGGGCUCUCCAAAUAA